AGAGCCUAUAAUUUUGUGUUUUUUACCGCCCAAAGAAAAAGAAAAACAUUUAUUUUAGGUGUGUGAACAAAGGAAAAACUAGAAAUUAAUUGGAUCAUAUUUAAGUUUGUAAAAUUGUUUUGCCUCUAUACUACACUUGCCUAGAAUUUUGUUGGCUCUACUACACUUGCCAAUCCAACACCUGAAUUUCAGUUCCAAAAUUAAUCUUCAACAUCUGAAACACAAUGGAGAAAAUUUCGAUAAAGUUUGCUUUCCUUUUCUUUUUAGCAGUUACAUCCGUGAUGAGCAUCGAAACCGUUAAGGCAAGUCGGUUAUUACCCGAAGAAACUUCUCAAACUGUGUUACACCACGAAGAAGUUUCGGCGCAGGUUGUGAAACCCCAAAGUCUUCACUGCAAGAAAGGGUGUCAUGUGCAAUGUGUUCCCAAUCCAUUUGUUGUUGAAUGUAUUUGUGUCUGCUAAUUUCAGUUGCAUUUAGUUUAUUCGAAUAAAAUUUAUAAAUUUCAGUUUUUAAAUUUUCAUUUCUAAUAAUAAUUUUAUUUAAAACCUUUA